UAAUCUAUAAGAUAUCUUUUAAUGUUUCAAUGACAUCGGCGCAGCCAAACAAACAGAAACAAUAGGGCCAAGCAAAAGAUGCCACAUAUAGGCGGAUCAAAAAGUAUUGCAACCUUGAUGGAUGAGAAGGCUGAAAAUGGGAUUGAGCCUACACGAGCGCAAGUUUUUAUAUUAACUCAUAAACCACGUAAAGAUGGUAGACCACUGGAUGAGGAGUCUGCGAAGACAAUUGACACGAUCAAUGAAAAAUUGAGUAAUAGUAAGGGAUCGAACGAGCAACCUCCUCGCCCUGUUGCUUGGGAAGGAGACGUGUAUUCCCAAGUGUUGGGAAAUGAAAAAACUGGUUAUGUUCGUGGUUUAGGACUUGGUCCAACUCCUUCUGUACUAUGGGGUAGUAGAUCUUCUUUUGGAAAUAUUGUUGAAGAGGAUUCGUCUAAUCAGGUUGUAAAAAGGUUAGAACAAGAGGUAACAAAGUUAAAGGACAUAAAUGGAAAACAAAAUGAAGAACUGAGUUUGGUGAAACAAAAUCAAGAGAAGUUACUAUCUGAAUUAGCAUGGGUGAGAAAAGCCAUGAGCAGAAAUGGUCCUAAUGAGUUAUCUGCUCAUCAGAAUAUCAAUGGAAUUUCAGAUGACCAGGUUCCCGAUGCCAACAGUGGCCAUGAGCGAGUACAACAAUCACCACAGAUGUUGUUUAGAGGACAUAAUGUUGCUGAGAAUUUUCCAUCUUCUCACGGUCAUACAGUAUGAUGUUCAAAUAGCAUGUGGAAGAUUCAAUAUUAAGCAGAGUUGCGAAACAGUUGGAGGGUGCAUUUAGAAAUUUUUUAUUGAAAGUAUUCGAUAGAAAUAGUUACAAUGACAUUAACUAUUUAGUUUAGACACAUAAUAUUAUCUUUAUUAGUUCGUUGAUUAUGUUAGUAUUAUGAAUUAAUACUUGCUUUUGUUUAUCUUGAGUUAAUGAAAUAUAUUAUAUUUUUAUGAAUUAUAAUAGUGUGUUUUUAUUA